AAGCGCUUGAAGGAAACCGUGAACAAAAUAAUGCAUGGCUAACACGUUUUUACCCUUCACAACAUUCUUUUCUAUAUUUCCUCUCGUUGGCAGGCCCAUCUAGGCUUCUACUCUCAAGAACGUCAUAGACGCUCUCCAAGUCUAGCGCCGUCCUGAUUACUGCACCAUCGCCGAUGCCCGCAAUGGUUUCUGCUAGAGGUCCACCGACUAGCCCACCCGCGCCCGCACGUCCACACAAACGAUCGACAAAUUAUGGAUACUACAACCCUAUGGAUGGUGGCGGGAGUAUGCUUUCUCAAGUCCAGGACACCUAUCCGCCGGGCCUUGGAGAACCCAUAAACGUCAUCAUCUCUGCCUAUUCUGAUUCUCAGGUGCUGCAGGAUACUACGGCAAACGGUGGUCUCAUCAAUUAUUUUCAGUCAUUUGGGUUCUCGACCGAGUGUUUGGGACAGACUGACCCUAGCGAGCAAACCGCUAAUCUCGGCGACGGGAACGGUGACCUAAACGAGACCGCUGUCAUUCGGUGGGACUAUGGCGAUGCAAACCUUGGAACAUGCCAAGAGACUGUCGAAGGAGGGAACCACUUUCGCUAUUGGGUACAGGAUGGGCAAAGCGCUGACUCGGGCGCGAUAUUCAUGGCAACUUCAUAUGAAAUGCCUAUCGCUGACUCGCAUAAUAUCAUAGUUAAUGGCUAUAACCUAGGUCGAGACUGGCUCGUAGGGAAUGUUACUUCUCAAUCGACAAUUCUUCCGACAGCAAACAUCACCAACACAUCGACGUACUCGGGGCAAACAUCAUUUAAUAAUUUCACCUAUGCGACCACUGUGACGUACGUCUCUGGGCUGCUACAGAACACUAGCGAAGGCAUCAACCACUAUCAGAGUGUCGCUGUCGAUGGGCUAAAUGCGAUUGAUGGACUAGUGGCGGUAUUAACUGUCAAGAUGGUCCAGCAGCCCGGUGGCAGUAGUAGUUCGAGCGGUGCGGAAUGCACGUAUCGUCCUAAAGGAAUUUUGUGGACACUGCUUGCAAUGUCAUGCGCGAUAUUCGUGUCAUUGCUCUAGAUUUAUAGGCCUCGUUAUAGAUAUUCUCGAACAGUGGUUACACUGCACGAUAUUACCUCGGACGUAGUUCUCGGACAACGAUCCUUUAUUGCUAACCCUGUCUGGAGGUAUGCCUCCCCAUAGUAUAUUUCAUCUUUUAUCUUACCAGCUGAUUGAUACUCACAUGUACAUUUCUGGUAUACCGCUACUUAUGCCUUCACUUGUAAGUUCAGUACUCAGACCAUAACUUCUGCGA